GUUUAGAAAGAUCGCGUUGACGUACAUAAGGAGACGGCAGGCAUAUCGUUGCUGCGCGUAAUGCGGAUAGGCUGGGUUGCGGUGUAGGCUAUGGCAAGACUAUGAUUGCUCUUGGACCAACAUGUUAACGCUGUAGAUGGUUUAGAUUCAAGCAAAGGUAUACACAUUAUACAAUAUCAAAACAGCACUGCUCUUUAAUUUGUUCAAUUUGGAUACGGUAUUGAGCAACAAGUGGAGUUUGGCGUGGAGAGUUUGCGCUCCAGCCGAAAAUUAUUCCAGCUAUGGAAGAGCAAAAGGAUCAAAACAGCCGUGAUUCGACAGAGGGAGAAAGCGUGUCCCUCUCCCCGAAUCUACCGUCCCCUGCGAUUCUGCCCCACCAGGCAGCUCAGCAAGUCCACAGGACAACAAACUUUUUUAUUGACAAUAUUCUACGGCCAGACUUCGGCUGCAAGAAGGAGCAGGGGGGUCGGGAGCGAGAGCGAGAGCGGGAGCGGGCACAGACAUCGGGCAGAGAAAACGUCAACCCGUUGAUAAUAAGGCCAUCUCACGCCAGCAGCCUUUCCCAGGAUUCCAACUGCAGCAGUGACAGCAUUUCAUCGUCGUCCUCGUCGUCCUCCCCGUCUUCUAAGCAGAGCCCGUCCAAACAAGGCGAAGGCAAUGGGACUACAACAAGGUUUGGAGACAACACCACGUCAAUUAUGGUUGUGAGUGCCAGUAAUGGAGGAUCUCCACCAGCUAAAGAAUCCCAGCCCAUGUUAUGGCCUGCGUGGGUUUACUGCACGAGAUACUCGGACCGGCCUUCAUCUGUUUCUACAUCAGGCCCAAGGACACGGAAAUUGAAAAAGAAGAAAAACGAGAAAGAGGACAAGCGACCCAGAACCGCAUUCACAGCUGAACAGCUGCAGAGACUCAAAACCGAGUUCCAGGCUAAUCGGUACAUAACGGAACAACGGAGACAGUCACUAGCCCAAGAACUGAACCUCAAUGAAUCCCAAAUUAAAAUCUGGUUUCAGAAUAAGAGGGCUAAAAUUAAAAAGGCCAAUGGGUACAAAAAUGGCCUGGCUCUCCAACUCAUGGCUCAAGGACUGUACAACCAUUCCACUACCACCAUACAGGAGGAUAAAGAAGAAAGCGAGUAGACUCCUAUUUUCCCGGGCCACAGAAAGACCGCGUAGUCUAUUGAGGAAUUGAACUCUUUCUUGAGAACUAAAGAAUUAAGAGGUAAAUACGACUGGACAGCGACAGAUGCUAUUUAAAACAGAUUUCUGUUUAUGGUACAGUAUAUGGACAUAAUUCUAUAAAAAUACGAACAUUAUUAAAGUUUAUAUAUAGCCAAACAAUAUGACGUUGUAUAUAUUUAAUUUCAGGUAAGGGGUAUAUCUCUAUCAGUCCCUUCUUGCUGGAGAUUUAUAUCUUUUCUUUAUAAUGUUGUUUGCUCAUUGUUUUAGUAAGUGUCUGACUCACUAGAAUUUUGUGAUUUAUGUCUAUCCUGUCCCUAAAAACUAUUCUACAGACUGCGUUACUGAAUCGACGCUUCAAGCCAAAGAUUUUAUUAUGUUCAGAGAAUGUAG